AUGAUAACAAGAAAGUGGUUAUGGUUACGGUUAUGGUUAUGGCUACGGUUAUGGGAAUUACGGUGGUUAUGGAGGCUACGGUGGUUAUGGAGGUUACGGUGGUUAUGGAGGUUACGGUGGCAUCGGUGGCUACGGUUUAUCUGGUAUGGGAAUGGGCGGUUAUGCAUCAACAAUAUAGUCAGGUUAAUCACCAUUAAAAUUUGA